UCUCGCGCGCAGGACCGGGAAGAAAUUCGUCGCAAACGGCGUUGCGGUAACGGCAAUGCGUCGAAUUCGGGCUCUCGCGUUCGAUCAAUUCGGUGACCUAACCUCACACGGGCGCGUGCAAUGCCGUUUCAUUUAUCAUCGUGCGAGACCGCGACUUGCGUUCCUCGCGAACGGGAUGCGAAUCGCGCGUCCGCACCGCGGUUCUUACGUGUAUACGUCCAAGGGAGCACGGGAGGAGCGCGCUACGCUAGUGUUGACGUAUCGACGCAUCAACCUUGUUAUUGCGUGCCUCGCGUUAUGACGUAGAGUGACUGCGGACGGCAGGGAGUCCAAUAUAUCAUGAGUAAACUUAGAUUAGGGUCAGAUUAUAUCCCCCUAACGUCGGAGGAGGACAUGUCGAAGAUCCGCGUCGUCGUACCGUUUUCCAAGGUGGCAUGGCUCACCGUGUCACUGCCGUUCCUGGCGUUCGUCUUUUGCGUCGCCUGGUCGGUCCUGCAUAAUUUCGAGCACGCUACUUCCACUCACUGUCAGGUGUACAAUUUUUUACCGUCUGUCUCGGCGGCCAUCGGUCAUUACAGGCCUCAAAGAGACGUAUGGAAAACUGCCAUAGCACUGCAAGCGACAGUGAGAAUUAUAGUGUUCAUGAUGUAUUAUCGUUACUAUAGAGAACAUGUUUAUAUCUGGGCACGACACUUGAGCAAUGUUGCGCUUGUUAUGUAUACCGUUGAAAAUACAUCUCUCGUAACGUUGAGCUUUUGGACUUCCGAUGAGAAUUACACGUUUCAUAAAAUGUCUUUCAUAAUGUUUUUGAUAACAUCUUUUAUACACAUGUUCCUAGCGUAUUAUAUUAUGAGGAAUUGCCUGAAUGUUGCAAAAGACUUUCAUGAUACUUCUUUGAAAUGGAAGUGGAGAUCAAUGAUGUUGAAUGUAUUUUCUAUAUUCAUAGCAUGUUACUUCUUUUAUAGGCACAAUAAGUAUUGUGAACCUUUUGUAUAUUCUAUGUUUGCUUUGAGCGAAUAUGGAGUUGUGAUCUCAAAUAUGGGAUAUCAUCUAACUGCAGCAUUGGAUUUUGCCACGACACGUUUUAUGAUAUCAGGAAAUAGGCUCAGAAUUAUCUAAAAUCUUUUGAUUCACAAUUUAUAAUUAUAGUAUUAU